AUGAUUACGUAUUCAUUAAUCAAAGGUGCUGGUCUCGGUUUGGGAUACUCAGUUGUGCUUGCCACAGCAACUCCGUGGUUCCCUAAUCGACGUGGUCUUGUCGUCGGUAUGAUUGUGGGUGGUUUCGGUCUGGGUGCUCUGAUCUUUACACCAAUCCAAACUGCAUUUAUCAAUCCCAAUAAUGUCAAGGUGGACAACGUGACCAGCCACCUAAGACGAUCCUAUUACACGUCGUCUGACCUCAUCUUUAUUCACGCGAUGCUCCCACAAUACGCGGGUGGUGUUGUCGAAGAUGGACAGUCGUUGGACAUAAUCUGCUCGGAGAGGCCAGGUUUCGCCGCCAUAGAGCAACAUGGAUUUCUUUCUCCAGCCAUGCACAAGCGUACACAUGAUUUUUGGGGUUUGCACACGGAUUUAGUUGUCUUGGAGAAUUGCGGAUUGUUUGGAUUAUCUGGGUCAAAGCCAACAGAUGAAAACGGUGCCGAAGACGAGAAAAAACGGCUCCCAGAGGAAGUGUCAGAAAGCCAACCGGCAACUUCAGCGUCGACUAAUUCAUUGACGGGCAGUCCAAAAGGACCUUGGGCAGCUCGAGUUCCACACGAGCCCCGAGUCCGCGAACAAACUAGCGAAGUGAAUCUCACACCAAAACAAGUCCUACGCCGUCUGGACUUCUAUCUGCUCUGGUUCGUCAUGUUCUGCAACAUUAUCCCAAUCACUAUCAUCACUUCCGCAUACAAGCUCUGUUUAAUCGCGUGUGCACCCGAUGAGCGUCAGAAACAGGCUGUUUGGUUGCUUUUUGGUCAAGCCUACAUCUCUGACGAUCUCUACCUGUCCAUUGUGGCUACCAUAUCUUCCCUGUUCAACUCUGGUGGCCGUAUGAUCUGGGGUUCCUUUGUUGAUAAAUACUCGUUUAAGAUUCCACUGUGCGUCAUGCUAUCGUUGUGGUCCGCCAUCCUGAUCUCUUUCCCGCAUCUGAGCCUGGCCAGUGGAGCCGCUCUGAAAGGACUCUAUGCGCUCUGGGUGUGUUUGUUGUUCUUGUCCUUGAGUGGUGUGUUCGCGAUCAUGCCCGCUGCCACUGGUAUCCUGUUCGGUCCGGUCAAUCUGGCUGUGAACUACGGUCUCGUGUUCAAUGCCUUUGCUGCUGGUAGUGUCAUUUGUGGUGUGAUCACGUCCGUGGUGAACGCGAAAGAUGCCUAUUUGAUGCAAUUCACCGGUUGUGGAGUAGUCUGUCUCAUCGAGAUGGGUGCGACAAGGGUGGAAGAUAGACAAAACUAUCCAUAUCAUGCAGCUAAUCUGGUGCAGGAAGACAAUCAGAUUGGGGUAAAACUUUGGGUAUUAGGCAGCGUGAAAGUUCCGCCGAUUGGGACUUAA